UUUUUGCUGCGCGUUGUAUAAAAUUGCAAUAGCAAAUAGCGCCUUUUUACGCCGCUCUAAUGGUGGUUGUAUUGUAUGGGAACAGUGUUUUUGCUAAAACUAUAAGAAAAUGGCUAAUUUAAAUCUCGACAAGGAUACUUUUCAUCGGCGCUUAAAGAAGCUUUACAGUGCUUGGCAGAAUUCCGAAGGUGAAAAUGGAUUUUCUAAGAUGGAUGCUUUGGUUACUGCUGUCGGUAAAGAUGAUGAUAUCGUUUACAGCAAGUCGAGUGCUUUACAAACAUGGCUUUUGGGAUACGAACUCACAGAUACCAUUAUGGUGCUCACAGAGAAAAAAGCUUAUUUUCUAGCAAGCAAGAAAAAGGUAGACUUUCUGAGACAAGCAGAAGGGAAAGAUGACAAUAUCCCUUUGUCUCUACUGGUAAGAGAGAAAGAUAGCGACGAAGCUAAAUUCAAAAUCCUUUCUACGGCUAUAAAAGAAAGUAAAAAUGGUAAAACUAUUGGCUUAUUCGCUAAGGAAAACUAUACAGGCCCGUUAAUGGAUUCUUGGCGAAAUAUGCUAAGAAGGGAAGAAUUCGAACAAAUUGAUAUUGGACCUGCCGUCGGUUACCUCAUGGCUCCUAAGGAGGACACCGAGAUUCUGACAAUAAAGAAAGCUUGCAUGGUAACUGUUGAUGUUUUUACAAAGUACCUUAAAGAUCAAAUUAUGGAAAUUAUUGAUUCUGAGAAAAAAGUCAAACAUAUUAAAUUAGCAGAAGGUGUUGAGUCGGCUAUAAAUGAUAAAAAGUAUGUGUCAGGUGUUGAUGUUAGCCAAGUGGAUAUGUGUUACCCAGCCAUUAUUCAGUCUGGUGGAAAUUACAAUUUAAAAUUUAGUGUUACCAGUGAUAAGAACACUCUGCAUUUUGGAGCUAUUAUUUGUUCAUUAGGAGUUCGAUACAAAUCGUACUGCUCUAAUAUUGUCAGAACAUUAUUGGUGAAUCCUACAGAAGAAAUUCAGAGUAACUACAAUUUUCUUGUUAACUUGGAAGAUGAGGUAAUGAAAAAACUGCAAUCUGGUGUAAAACUGUCGGAAGUAUUUGAAGCGGGUUGUGAAUAUAUAAAAAAAGAGAAGGCUGCAUUGUAUUCACAUAUUACCAAAAAUUUUGGUUUUGCUACGGGCAUUGAAUUCAGGGAAAGUUCCUUAAUGAUUGGUCCCAAAACCACUGUAGUAGCUAAAAAAGGCAUGGUGUUCAACUUGAAUAUGGGUUUCAGUAAUUUACAAAAUAAAGAAGCCUCUGACAGAGAAGGCAAAAUAUAUGCGUUGUUUAUUGGCGAUACAGUCAUGGUAAAUGAUGGUCAACCUGCAACAGUACUUACCAUAUCCAAGAAAAAAAUCAAGAACAUCGGUAUUUUCUUAAAAGAUGAAUCCGAAGAGGAAGAAAAUGAUGAGGAAAAGGAAAACACUCCCAAAACUGAAGUUUUGGGCAGAGGAAAACGAUCUGCAGUUUUGGACUCCAAACUGCGCACAGAACAUAGCACUGAAGAAAAGCGAAAAGAACAUCAAAAGGAGCUUGCUACCCUUUUAAAUGAAAAAGCAAAAGAACGAUUGGCUAAACAGUCUGGAGCUAAAGAUGUGGAAAAAGUAAGGAAAAAUACAGUCUCCUACAAAAAUGUCAAUCAGAUGCCUAGAGUAACCGAAAUUAAAGAAUUGAAGCUUUACGUCGAUCAAAAGUAUGAAACUGUUAUUUUACCCAUUUAUGGUAUAGCCGUACCUUUUCAUAUUUCGACAAUCAAGAACAUCUCACAGUCGGUUGAAGGAGAUUACACAUACUUGCGUAUCAACUUUUUCCAUCCUGGAUCUACAAUGGGUAAAACUGAUGGCAACUAUACUCAACCCGAGGCGACCUUUGUAAAGGAACUCACUUACCGCAGCACCAACACGAAAGAACCCGGCGAGAUAUCACCGCCUUCGUCCAAUUUAAAUACCGCCUUCCGCCUUAUCAAAGAAGUCCAAAGAAAAUUCAAGACCCGUGAAGCUGAAGAGAAGGAAAAGGAGGACCUCGUCAAGCAGGACACUCUGAUCUUGUCUCAAAAUAAAGGCAAUCCGAAACUGAAGGAUCUCUACAUUAGACCCAAUAUCGUCACCAAGCGGAUGACUGGUUCGUUGGAAGCCCACACAAAUGGCUUCCGUUACACGUCUGUGAGAGGUGACAAGGUAGACAUCCUCUACAACAACAUAAAAAACGCCUUCUUCCAACCCUGCGACGGCGAGAUGAUCAUCCUACUUCAUUUCCACUUGAAGCACGCUAUAAUGUUUGGGAAAAAGAAGCACGUAGACGUGCAGUUCUACACCGAAGUCGGUGAAAUUACCACGGACCUGGGCAAACAUCAGCACAUGCACGAUAGGGACGACCUGGCAGCCGAGCAGUCGGAAAGGGAAUUGAGGCACAAGCUCAAGACUGCGUUUAAGAGUUUCUGCGAGAAGGUUGAAUCCAUGACCAAACAAGAAAUAGAAUUCGACACCCCAUUCCGCGAGCUGGGCUUCCCCGGUGCCCCGUUCCGCUCCACAGUAUUACUGCAACCCACAUCGGGUUGCCUGGUCAAUCUAACGGAAUGGCCUCCGUUCGUCAUCACGCUCGAGGAUGUGGAACUAGUCCACUUUGAACGUGUACAGUUCCACCUGAAGAACUUCGACAUGAUCUUCGUCUUCAAGGAUUACCACAGAAAGACCGCCAUGGUGAACGCCAUUCCCAUGAACAUGUUGGACCACGUGAAGGAGUGGUUGAAUUCGUGCGAUAUCCGUUAUUCCGAGGGAGUACAGUCCUUGAAUUGGGUGAAAAUUAUGAAAACCAUCACGGAUGAUCCCGAAGGAUUCUUCGAUAGUGGCGGUUGGACUUUCCUGGAUCCGGAAUCGGACGUGGAGGAGGCCCAGGAGGAAGAGACUGAAGAUGAAGAUGAGGUCUAUCAACCCUCGGAUUUGGGCGAGGAAGGCUCGGAAUGGAGCGAGGAAGAUUCUGAAUACUCGGAAGGCGAUACUGAAGACGAUGAUUCUGGCGAAGAAGAAUUAGGCACCGACGAAGAAUCAGGGAAGGACUGGUCGGAUUUGGAGAGGGAAGCGGCAGAGGAAGACCGGGAGCGAGUGUACGACGUGGACGACGUACAAUCGAAGAACCGCAACAAGUUCUCCAAAGACAGGCAGAAGUCCCACUCGUCCAAGGAUAAGGCGCGCAGCUCGAGCAAGCACAACAGCAGCCACAAGAGCUCCGGCAGCAGCAGACAUUCCUCAUCUCCCGGCAAGCACUCCAGUUCCAGGGACAAGGACAGGAGCAGAGACAAGCACGGCAGCAGCAGAGACAAGAACCGUGACAGAGACAAGGACAGGCACUCCUCUUCCAAACACAAAUCCUCAUCUUCUAGCCACGCAAAGUCCUCGCCCUCCAAGGACAAAGAUAGGAAGAGUUCCCGUUCCAGCCACGACAGCAAGAAGAGGAAUCGGGAAGAGAGCCGCGACAGGGACAGGUCGAAAAAGUCUAAGAAGUAAGAGUAUUUUCUAUUUUUUUUAAGUUUAGUCGAUAUUUCAUUGUAAUUUGUGUUAAGUUAGUUCUGUUAGUUACUUAAACCUUAUUAUUGUACAGUUUCUCCUUUUUGAUAUAAAUAUUUAAGUUUUUUUUUAUCUGAUUCGUAUGUGUUCUGCGUCAUUGGUGAUCCAACAGUUUAUGUACCUUUGAAAUAAAGAUUGCACAACAUUCCA